AUCUAUCUAACGUGGUCUCUGUACUUGUUUGCUUCAUUUAUUUUUUUUUAAUAUAAGUUCUUAUUCUAGUAUUGUGCUUUGAUAUUUAUGUACUAUCAUUAAAUAGAUAUUUUAAACGAUGAAUAUAAUGACCAGUAAAAUGUGGUUAAAAAUUAAAGUGCUACUAUGGAAAAGUUGGUGUUUACGGAAGAGAUACUGGAUUGGUUCUAUUUUAGAAAUUACUAUUCCAAUGCUAUUAUUCUUUUUUCUUAUUAUUGUAAAAUCUAAUAUAUCAGGAACUUUUGAUAGUGAAACUAUUAUUCAGAAUCAGUCAAUACCAAAUCCGGUAACAGAAGAGAAUUUAUUUACAGAAUUUAAAAAACGAUAUUCUGAAUCUGACUUCUUGUAUACACCUAAUACUACUCAAGCUAAAAUUAUAAUAGAUAAUGUAGUAUCUAUGUUAGAAAUAGAACCUGAUAAAGUCAGACCUGUAAGUAAUGAAAGUGAAAUAGUAAAUUUUUUAAAAAACUUUUUUAAAAGCCAUUACAGUGAUUAUAAGGAAGGAUUUGGAAUUGUUUUUGAAAAAAUAAAUUCAACAUCGUUCAGCUACAAAAUAAGGCUGCCUAAAGAAUCAUUUAAUACUGAUUUAUUAUUUCCAAAUUUUCAAGUACCAGGACCAAUGGAUAGUGGAGAACCUUACUUAAAAACUGGUUUUCUUGCUUUACAAUUAGCAUUGGAUAAGUCUUUUAUUCAUUUUAGCAACAAAUCUGCUAAUUCAAUUGAUUCUCAUAAUUUUUCAAUUCAAUCUUAUCCAUAUGCUCAAUUUGCAGCAGAUUCAGAUUUUGAAAAUAUGUUUCAGAUAAUGCUUCCAUUGUUUACAGUAAUUAGUUUUUUAUUAAUGUGUUCUAACACAAUUAAAAGAGUUGUAGAAGAAAAAGAAUCAGGUGUCAAAGAACUAAUGAAAAUGAUGGGCCUGAAACCAUGGAUGAUUUGGACUGGAUGGAUGUUACAUAAUUUAUUUGCUUAUUCUAUAUCAAUUACAACAAUUGUAUGGUUGGUUUGUGUAAAACAAGAUCCUAGUGGAGGAAAAAUAUUAAAUCAUACAGAUCCUGUUUUAUUUUGGAUAUUUUUGUUUUUAUAUACUAUUACUGGAAUUUUUUUUUGUUUUGCAAUAAGUGGUUUUUUUUCUAAACCUAUAUUUGCUACAAAUGCUGGACUAUUUUUAUGGAUGAUUUCAUUUAGUAUUCCACACAAUAUAAUAAAACCAAAUACUAAUUAUAAAAUCAAAUUAAUUUUCAUGUUAUUACCAAAUGUAGCAUUAUCUAAUGGUUAUACUUCAAUAGCUUCACUUGAAACACAAGGUAAUGGCCUUCAAUUUUCAACUCUUUUUACAAGUGGAAGUAAUACUUAUUUUUCGGUUGGUUUCAUCUUCUUUAUAUUUAUUCUUGACUGUAUAUUGUAUGGAUUUUUGGCUUGGUAUUUGGAUUCUGUAAAACCAGGAAAAUAUGGUAUUGCCAAACCUAUAAACUUUUUAUGUAAUUGGUUUAAAGAAAAAUCUGAAACCAAUAUAAUGGAACCAAUAAAUAACAGUACAAGUAAGUUAUUUGAAAAGGCUCCUAGUGACUAUGAAAUUGGUAUUAGUAUACAAAACCUAUAUAAAAGUUUUGGAAGUUGUCAAGCCGUAAAUGGAGUUAACUUAGAUAUAUAUAAGGGUCAAAUUACUGCUCUUUUAGGUCAUAAUGGUGCUGGAAAGACCACAACUAUGUCAAUUAUUACAGGAAUGUUUUCUCCUACUCAUGGCUGUGUGAAGAUAAAAGAUGGUGACAUAUAUAACAAUCUAGACAAGUUUAGAGAAAAUCUUGGUUUAUGUCCGCAGCAUAAUUUAUUAUUCAAUUAUCUCUCAACCUUGGAUCACUUAAUAUUCUUUGGAAUGCUCAAAGGAUUAUCAUUUAGUGUUGCAAAAACAGAAGGAAUAAAUUUGCUUACACUUUUGAAUAUACUUCCAAAAAAAGAUGAACUUGUUAGUAAUCUUUCAGGAGGAAUGAAAAGAAAACUUUCACUUUCCAUUGCAUUGAUUGGAGAUCCAGAGGUACUUAUAUUAGAUGAACCAACAUCAGGAAUGGAUCCAGAAUCACGAAGAGAAAUGUGGGACCUAUUAUUGUCUAUAAGAGGAAAGCGAACUAUAUUGAUUACAACACAUUUUAUGGAAGAAGCUGAUGUUUUAGGCGAUAGAAUUGCAAUCAUGGAUCAUGGAAAAGUAAUAUGUUAUGGAACGUCAUUAUUUUUAAAGAAAGCUUACGGAACUGGAUAUAAUUUAACUAUUAUUAAAAAAGAAUCUUUUGAUGUUAUUGAAAUGGCCAAAGUGAUCAAAGAUUUUGUACCUGAAGCAAAUCUUCAAAGUUCAUUAAGUGCCCAAGUAGUUUUCAAUUUACCAAAUGAAAGUUCAAACCAGUUUCCAGAAUUAUUUAGAAUGCUAGAAUUAAAAAAAGAAGAAUUUGGUAUUUCUGGGAUUGGUAUAUCUUGUACUACAAUGGAAGAAGUUUUCUUAAGAUCAGGAGGAAAUGCACAAGAAAAUGAAAAUAAUUCACCAGUUCAUACUCCUACUGGUUAUAAUGAUUAUCAACUAAUUAUCAAUAAGCACGAUAAUUGUAAUGUUGAUCACAUUACAGCUUUUUUGGAACAAUAUAUCCCUGAAUAUUCACUAAUGGAUGAUUUAAGCAAUCAAGUUGUUUUCAAUUUACCAAGUAGUAAUCGAUCUCAGUUUAGUUCUUUGUUUUCUGCAUUAGACUUCCAGAAAAAAAAUCUCAAAAUAGAAAGUAUAAAGAUUUCUCAUUCAAUUUUUGGUGUCAUUUAUCCUAAGGAUUUUAAUCAUUCAGUAAAGUUAUCUAUCACUACAAAUUAUAUCAAGAAUCAAUGUUCCAAUGGAGUUGGAGAUGAUAUAGAUGAACAAAAAGAAGGAUUUAAUGGAGAUGUUACUCAAAGUAAUCAAGCUCUUAUGCCAAAAUAUGUAAGUGGUAUAACUUUGUUGAAAAAUCAAAUUGUAGUGCUGUUGUCCAAAAAAAUUCUUUAUUCCUUAAGAAGAUGGUUUCUUACUUUAAUAUUUGGUAUUCUUCCAUUACUUAUAGCUUAUCUAACCUUAAAUUCAAGUUAUGACUUAUUUAAAGCUUCAAGUCCCCCUAAAAAACUGCAUUUGGCAUUAGAUGCUUAUGAAGAUAGUGAUGUUUAUUAUCAUGUUGGAGAAAAUUCAACUAAUAAGUUGGAAUCUCGUUUUGCAUCUAUUUCAACAAUGUAUCAUGCCACUGUUACUGAGCUUUCUUCUGAUCAAAAUUUAGUAAAUUACUUGCUAGAACUAUGUUCAAUGGAUGUCUUUAAAUAUAGAUCAAAAGUUAUGAUUGCUGGAGAUUUUAAUGAAACACAAACAACUGUUAUUUAUAAUAAUAUAGCCUAUCACACUCCAGGUAUUGCUGUAAAUAUGUUUACUAAUGCAUUGCUGCAAAAACUAUCUGGAAAUAAUGAAUCAUCUAUAUCAGUUAUAAAUGAACCCAUUCAAAACGAAGAUAAGAGUAUUUGCGGAAGUAACUUUGUUUUGCAAUUAACAAUAAUAUGGCUUACUAUGUUUUCUUCUGGAGUUUUAUAUUUCAUAUGUUAUUUUAUUGCAUUACCUUUGAAUGAAAGAGUUAGUGGUAUUAAACAUUUACAAAUUAUGUCAAAACUAUCUCCUAUUACAUACUGGAUUUCAUGUUUCAUAUGGGAUUAUAUUUGUUAUUUUAUUGUUAUAAUUACUACUAUGGUAGUUAUAUACCUCUUUGAUGAAUAUCAUAUUUUUAGUGGAAAAAAUGAGCUUGGUGCUCUUUUCAUAAUAUUUAUUGCAUAUGGUUGGAGUUCAAUAUUUUAUGCAUACUCUUUCAGUUUUUUUAAAAAAACCUUGAUUUCUUCUAUAUCCUUAUUCAUAGCCAUAAAUUUAAUAUUGGGGAUGAUAGUUAAUUCUAUGCUGUUGGUUGCAAAAUUAACUGGGUUGUCUGAAACUCAUGAUAGCUCAUUUUCAUUUUGGUAUAAUAUUAUCCGGUAUGUGAUUUUGUUAGUGCCACAUUUUUCAUAUACUGCUUGCAUUGUUGGUUUUGUUUCUAUUUCAUGGUCAAAUAAUAUGUGUAAACUCUGUAAGACACCUGAUGCCCAUGAAGCAUGCAGUGGUUCUGAUUCAAAGAUGAAACAAUAUUUUGAAUUUGCUUCUAAACAUAACUCGUAUGCUAUUUUAGAAGAGCUUUUAUUUUUAAUUUUUAGUAGUUUAAUCUACAUUGCAUUCAUACUUUUAAUGGACUAUAAAGUAUUUUCUACUUGUUACCAAUUUAUUUUCAAUAAAAUUGUUGGUUCUGGAGAAAGCUACAAAGAUGAUAAUGAAGAUCCUGAUGUUGGUGGUGAAAGAGAUAAAGUUGAUGCUGCUAAAGCUCGUGUUUAUAAUGCAACAUCACCAAUAUUAGUUGUUGAUAAUUUAGUUAAAAAGUUUAACUUAAAAUUUACGGGUGUCCGAGGUAUUAGUUUUACUGUUGCACCAGGUGAAUGUUUUGGUUUACUUGGUGUCAAUGGUGCUGGUAAAACAACAACAUUUAGGAUUUUAACUGGUGAUAUUUUCCCUUCUAAAGGAGAUGCAUAUAUUCAAACAGAUGAAAUUUUCAAACUGAGUUCUUCAUUUGGAAAGUAUAUAUCAAUGAUUGGUUAUUGUCCACAAUUUGAUGCUAUUAAUGAUCAACUUACUGCGGAAGAAACUUUAAGGUUAAUGGCCAUUUUAAGAGGAAUUUCAACAAAUAAUGCUAGUAAACAUGUAAAUAAAUGGAUUAAACUUCUAGGUCUAGAAGAGUAUAAAAAUAAGCAAAGUGGCACAUAUAGUGGAGGAAAUAAAAGAAAACUGAACACUGCUAUGGCUCUUAUAGGAGAUCCUCCUGUAGUAUUUUUGGAUGAACCUACCAGUGGUGUAGAUCCCAUAGCAAGACGUAAUUUAUGGCAACUUUUAGCUGUGAGUCAAAAAGCUGGACAAGCUGUUAUACUUACUUCUCAUAGUAUGGAUGAAUGUGAAGCUUUAUGUAAUCGUUUAACCAUAAUGGUAGAUGGGGUAAUGAAAUGCAUUGGUAGCAUUCAGUACUUAAAAAAUCGAUAUGGACAAGGAUUUACAAUUAUGAUAAAGCUUAUCCAUAAUGGUAAUCAAGAUUUAACUGCUCUAAAAGAAGAUAUAAUGCGUCAAUUUGCUCCAGAUAUUUAUCUAAAAGAUGAACACAAGGGUUUAUUACAUUAUCAUAUUACUAAUCCGAGAGUUCCACUAUCUGAUAUAUUUGGCCACAUGAAAGCAAUUAAAGAAAACCACUCUAUUGUUGAAGAUUACACAAUUAGUGAUACAACCCUUGAGCAAGUAUUCAUAGCAUUUGCAAAAAAACAAGCAAUUUUAAACACAAAUUUAUAAAUUUACAAUUAUUUAUUUUCUAAAGUAUUUAUUAAUAUUUGUGAUAUGAAUUUAUUAAUAAAUUAGUUCCUUUAAUUUCUAGAGUUGACCAAAGUAUCUAUGUUAUUACAAUUAUGAUUUUUUAUUUUAUUAAUAUUUCAGUAAAUAUUUCUAUUUAUUGAAAUUCUCUCAUUUGUUUUUUAUUAAUAAUUUUCAUUGUUAUUAUUUAAGUGAAUUUUUUUUUUUGGUACUUUUUAUGUUUAAAUUUGAGAUAAAAUAUUAACUGUUACUUUAAACAUAUAAAUAUUCAUAUUUUUUACCAAGUGAUUUUAAUAUUUCAAAUUAUGUACUUACAUUUAAUUAUUGCAUAAUAUUUUUUA